AUGGCGUUAAUCGAAAAAACGGACAACUAUCCAGCGAUUGGUGCAGUCAUCUACGCCAUCGAAACUGACAAGGGCAAUGUGGUGGUCGCUUUGGACAAACAAGACUAUAUGAAUAAGAUGGAACAGUUGUUUUCUGAUCAAGACACUUAUCAAAUUUUGAAGCGUAACCCUGUGAAUAAAACUUUGACUGAAUUGAAAUCAUUGUUAAGGGUAUGGAAGCAAAAUGGAUUCGUGCCUGAUGGUACUUAUUACAAUCUCAAUAGUUCCAUUGCAACUUUACCACGUGUGUAUGGACUUCCAAAGAUUCAUAAACCGGGUCAUCCACUGAGAGUCAUAGUCUCAUCAAUUGGCAGUCCUUUACAUAACUUAGCCUCAUAUCUCCAUAGCAUAAUUAAAAAAAGUCUAUCUUCAGUUGACAGCGGUGUAAAGAACAGUUUUACAUUGAUUAAAAAUAUUGAAGGAAUGAGAGUUCCUGAUGAAGCAUCUUUAGUUUCAUUAGACGUAGUAUCAUUGUUUACUAAUAUACCAGUUGAUUUGGUUUUGGAUGGAAUCUCUAAGAGGUGGCAUCUUAUAGAAUGCAAUACUGAAAUUCCUAAAGUGGAAUUUUUUAAAGCAUUAACAUUAGUUUUGAAUUCUUCGUUUUUUACUUUCAAUGAUAAAUUCUACAGACAGAUAUUUGGUGUUCCUAUGGGCUCCCCUCUCUCACCCAUAUCGGCGGAUAUAGUAAUGCAGGAUCUUGAGAUUGACAGCGGUGUAAAGAACAGUUUUACAUUGAUUAAAAAUAUUGAAGGAAUGAGAGUUCCUGAUGAAGCAUCUUUAGUUUCAUUAGACGUAGUAUCAUUGUUUACUAAUAUACCAGUUGAUUUGGUCUUGGAUGGAAUCUCUAAGAGGUGGCAUCUUAUAGAAUGCAAUACUGAAAUUCCUAAAGUGGAAUUUUUUUAA